UUUCCUGAUGUGCAGGCAUUGGCGGAGGCGGAUGAAGAUCAGGUAUUAAAACUGUGGUCUGGUUUAGGCUAUUACGCCCGCGCGCGGAACUUGCAUAAAGCGGCAAAAAGGGUAUGUGAUGAGUUUGCAGGCGUAUUUCCUGAUAACUUGGAGCAGAUGCAAACCUUACCGGGUAUUGGCCGUUCUACGGCGGCGGCUAUUUUAUCCCUUGCUUCGCAACAAUCACACGCUAUUUUAGAUGGCAAUGUCAAACGUGUCUUAAGCCGUUACCACGCCAUUGAAGGCUGGACGGGCAAGGCAGCGGUGUUGAAACAAUUAUGGGCGGUCGCAGAGCAACAUUUGCCCGCCUCGCAGCACCGCGAUUACACCCAAGCGAUGAUGGAUUUGGGCGCGAC